CACACUUAUUAUCUACUCACCAUUAAUACACUGCAAGCAAGCAAAACCAAAGUGAAGCAAGAGAAAUCCUCUCCAUUGGAAUCUGAAACCAAGAUAAAACUAUAUCAAAAAAGAAAGAGACAAACUCAUCAGAAGUACCCAUUUCUCUAAACUUUUCUCUCUCUUAUCUUUUCAUUAACACCUUCUGUGUCAACUCUGAUGAAGAUUCUAAUUAAGCACCCCACCAUGUAUUCUUUUCCUUAUCUCUUUUCCUUCUCGUCCGCUGGAAGUGGCUUGUACCUUGAGUAGAGCAGAAGCAUUUCAAUUUUAAUGCAAAACUGGGUAGGUGAGGAGGCUAUAAGAAGGGAUGUUGUGUUUGACAUGAGGAUUCAGUGCCAGAAGCUAGGGCUGUAUAUCUCUUCUUUCUUCUCUUUUGGUUGGCUAUUGAGUUGUUCAGCUUAGAUUUUGGCCUUUUUAUUGCCAUCAUGUCUUCAUCAAACAGACACUGGCCUAGCAUGUUCAAGUCCAAGCCCUGCAAUACUUACCACCACCGCCAAUGGCAGCACGACGUCAACCCAUCAUCGCUGGUGUCAACUGGUUGCCACAGAAACCCUUACGCAUCAGUUCCUGGAUGUGAGGAGCGAAGUCCUGAGCCAAAGCCAAGAUGGAACCCAAAGCCUGAGCAAAUUCGCAUAUUGGAAGCAAUCUUCAAUUCUGGCAUGGUGAAUCCACCAAGAGAAGAGAUUAGGAAGAUCAGAGCUCAAUUACAAGAAUAUGGCCAAGUUGGUGAUGCCAAUGUAUUUUACUGGUUUCAAAAUAGAAAAUCAAGAAGUAAACACAAGCUGAGAGACCUUCAAAACUCAAAGCAACAAACGCAUCAUACUCCAUCAGUUACCACAUCAAUCACUACCCUCACAGCACCUUCUUCUUCAUCAUCUUCCUCAGAGAAAUCCUCUCCAAAAGGCUCUAAAAGAACUCUCUCUUUGAGCUCUCCAAGCGUUGUUGAUGUGUCCAAUUCGCCAACCUGUUCGCUGAACCAGACCUAUUUUCAAGCACACAGUGAGUUAGUGCCUGAAACUUUUUUCUUCUCGGCUCAGCAGACUGCAGGAGCCGGAGGAGGAGCUGAUUCUUUUACACAAGGGUUUUGCUUCUCUGAUCUAUCAAAUGUGGUUCAAGUUCAAGACAAUACAGUUGGGCCUUGCACUAACCUUCUGCUGAGCGAAAUAAUGAGUUCUGAUGCUUCGGAAAAAGAAGUUCAUCAUGAAGACAAGAACAUGAAGAUGCAACCACACCUUAGCUACCCUGUUACCACUCCAAUUACUCACAGCAUCAGUCUGGCUCCUUCUCUAACUCUUCCUACCACUAAUCCUAAUAGCAUCACUGUUCCAUCUACCAUCAGCCAAAUUCAAGGUGCAGGAGAGUCGGCUUCUGUGGGUUCCAGUGGCACAGUAAGAUCAACGGUGUUUAUCAAUGAUCUUGCAUUUGAAGUGGGAGUGGGGCCUUUCAAUCUGAGGGAGGCAUUUGGUGAUGAUUUUGUGCUGAUUCACUCCUCUGGUCAGCCUGUUCUCACCAAUCAGUGGGGUGUCACUCUCCAUCCCCUCCAGCAUGGAGCAUCCUACUAUUUGGUAACGCCUUCCAUGAGUGAACACAUUUGAAGGUGGAAAGCUUAAGAUUUGGACUAGCUAGCAGUGGUUCCUGUGCUUCUCUUAAUUUGUUUCAUAUCUAGGGUUUGAAUAUUAGGUUUGCAGCUACUUGUGACUGUUUUAUGGAUCUUAGAACUUGUGGACCAAUUUAUUAUCUUUCUUCUUAUAUUAUAUGUUAAAGCACUAUAUAUAUGGAAUAUGCUCAUCUACUUUUGUUGGCAUACAAGCGCUAAGACCUUAUAAUUCUACUGUAGUAAGUGGAUGAACUAUAUGUAUAUGUAUGGUUGAGCUGAUGCCAUUCUCAUAUAUGGUGUCUGCCAGCUUUUAUUGUUUUUAACUUAUUAUUGAAGGAAACCUUGCCUUGCUGAUCUAAGGCAUUUAUGUGA